AAAAUGGAUUUCAAUGCACUUCUGCAGCAAGCUCAAAAGCUUACGCAUGAAACGCAAGUUUCGGAUGAUUUGCCGCGCGUGGAACGCACCCUGCCACAGGUGCUACAAGCAACGCAGGAACUGCAUUCACGGGUAACACAAACGGGCGCGCAAGAUAUGCAAGCGCACAUCUUGCUCGGAUCGAAUGGAAUUGACUUACCAAAAAUUUCACAAAAGCUCGAAACACUCAGUUCGCGCAAGACCUUUGAACCGCUGGAUCCGAUCGCUACAACGGAUGUGCAGAACUUCCUUCGCAACGAAAAAGAAAACGCCAUACUCGCCGUUAUCGAAGAAGUGCAUAAGAACUCCUACAUGGCUGCGGAAACGCAGAAAUGGGAUCAUAUGAUGAACGAUUGGAAGCAGGAAAAGGUAAAGCUCAUGAAUGCUUUGAUUGGGCCAUCGCAGAGCUGGAUCGACAUCCGCAAAGGUCCGGAGCAGACCAUUCUCAACGAAUCCACGUUCGGUGGUAGAUCCGCGCUGAACAGUCAGGAGAUGGCCUACGCUCGUGAGGUGCACGAGUACAACAAGCUUGUGUGCGAAGGAGCGAUGCGUCCCUCGCUAGUACAGCGGUUUGCGCAGGUUGCGGAUAGUUUCAACGAUUCGCGCGUGAACGAUGUUUGGGAGGUGGUAAAGUACAUGGCGAACGUGACUCCUAUCCCCAGAAGCCAAGAUCCGAUGAAAGUGCGCUGUUCGCAACAUCUGUUCAUCAACCAGGCAAAGCGCUACCUGGAGAAUCGAUACAAAGUAUUCAUGCAAACCGUGAUAUCGGAGCAUUUGCGCGAAGCUCGUCGUGGUGGCAUACCGAGCGUACUGAAUUUGGUGGGCUCAUUCGUCGGACUUAAACUUGCCACCCACGGACUGAACUCAUCGUUCAUCGGAUUACAGGACGGGCAAGUUGACGGGAAACCAUUGUGGCCCAUGGUAUACUAUUGCCUGCGUUGUGGCGAUAUUGCUUCCGCGUUGAAAUGUAUGCAAAUGGCUGGACAGGGCCACGAGGAUUUGAUUGCGGUGCUGGAGGAAAAAUGUCACAAUCCGGAGCAAAAAACAAACCCCCGGUUGGAACUGCAGAUACGUAUGCAGUACAAGAGACAAAUACGUAACGCAACCGAUCCGUACAAACGGGCUGUGUACUGUAUCGUCGGAUGCUGUGACAUACAGGAACCGCAUGCCGACAUUGCCAAAACGACGGAUGAUUUUCUUUGGAUACAGCUGUCGCUAAUACGAACCGAAGGCGACGAUAGUUCCGAGCAUUUGACCUGCUCCGGAUUGCAAAGCAUGAUUCUGGAACAGUAUGGUGAAAAGCACUACAAUGCUAAUGAGCAACCCCAUCUCUUCUUCCAGCUGCUGGCCCUUACGGGACAGUAUGAGGCUGGUAUUGAAUUCCUCUCUCGUUUCGAGAAGUAUCGUGUACACGCCGUCCACAUUGGUCUGGCACUGAACGAGCUGCACAUGGUUGGUGGGCCGCGUAAUCUGCAGGAACCGUUGCUAUCAGUCGACUUCGAAGAUCCUCAACCGAUGCGAAGGUUGAACAUCGCGCGCUUGAUCAUGUUGUACGUGAAGAAGUUUGAAAUUACGGAUCCACCGGAAGCGUUACACUAUUUCUACUUCUUGCGCAAUCUGAAGGACAGCGAGGGACGAAAUUUGUUCCUCGUAAGCGUUGCAGAUCUGGCUAUCGAGUGUCGAGACUUUGAUCUGCUGUUUGGUCGCAUGCAGCGUGAUGGGAUGCGUUCGCGUGGGUUGAUCGAUCAGUUUGAGACAGCGCACAUCGAUGCACGGACCGUGUGCGAAAUGGUGGCGGAAAAAUUCGUCAAGAAGGGUAUGUUUGAGGAUGCAAUCAAGAUGUUCGAUUUGGCAUUCCAGCAGGAGCAGGCGCUUCGUUACACAUCCAUACUGCUGUCCCAGGUAGUUCAUCACGCCAACAAGGAGGGGUCGCUGCGUGAGCGUGUCCAACGAAUGGCAAACGAAUUCACGGAACGGUACACCGGUGCGGAGAAAAACUGUGACUCCCAGACGUGGACAACGUUCAACUUGCUGAAAGAUUUGGCAGCAUUCUUCGAUUACUAUCAUGCGAAAAAUCAUCAAUCCGCGAUGGACAUUCUCGAACGAAUCAAGCUGGUCCCGUUGCGGAUGUCCGAUCUCGAUGUGGCAGUUAACAAUUUCAAGCGUUUAUCCGGAGAGGUGUGUAAGGUCAUUCCCGACCUGUUGCUAGCGACAAUGGACAUUGCCUACACGAAGUUCAAGGCUAUGAAAGGCAAGGAUGUCGCCAAGUUCGAUGACCUUGGCAAGAAGAAUCAACUGAGCUAUCUGCGCGAGCAAGCUAAGGCCCUAACUAACAUGGCCGCGAUGGUACCGUACCGCAUGCCCGGUGAUACCAAUAGCAGACUUAUACAAACGGAGAUCCUCAUGCACUGA